AUGAAUAAAGAUACCCGAGUGGAAAAUAAUACAGAUUCUAGUAAUUGGUACGAAUCUGGGAAAGAUGUGGAGUUUGAUGAUCUUUAUAGUUUCGAUUCAGAACUUAAAUCUGAAUAUGAAGAUUCAGAAAAAGGAUCUGAACCCUUACCAGAUGAUACCACAGAAGUGAAAGAAGAAAGAGAAAAGAAAGGAUCUAAAAAGAAGAAAAAGUAUAGAAACUACAGCCAAAGUACAGGAAUCAGUUUCUUCUUCUUCUCAUGGAUGACAGAUUGGAUAAAGCUGGCAAGUAAAGGAAAACUAAAACACGAAGAUUUCCCAGAUAUACCGGAUUCAGAUUUUGAUCAAUACGCGACAGCAGAGUUCGGAAGCUGUUUAGAUAAGUAUAGAGAUUAUGAAAAGUGUAACAAAUUAGUUAAAUUGGUAGGAAGAAGUAGAUUGUGCGUGCUAAAGGUAUUUAGUAACAGUUUCAUAUUCAUAUUUUGUUUCUCAAUUUUUAAUGACAUAUUCGAAGUGUUCAACUCGUAUCUACUAAGCCACGUGAUGAAACAAAAAAUGCCAACAACAGUGAAAGAGCUAUUCAGAUAUUUUGCGCUGGUCUUAUUGGUGUUGAUAGUGAAUUUGGUAGAUAUAGUCACGGAUGGACAUCAUUAUUUUUAUUACCGAAGAUUAGUGUUGAGAAUAGAAAAUCUACUAUUUUCGUUCUUGUUCAGUAGAAUAUUGUCUAAAAACCAUUUUAGCGUAGAAAAUGGACCACACAAAUAUGAAUAUAAAUCUGAAUCGUUCAUCAUAUCAAUGGACCCAAAUAAUAGCUUUAACAUAUCAGCGAUCCCUAGAUACCAUCAUAAAAGUAGUGGAAUAAUGGAUAGCCAAGCAAAUUUCAACCUGGAAAAAAUUAACAAGAAGAGUAAAAAAACGUCUAAUAGCACCAAAAGACCGAAAAAUGUAAGAUUCGAUGAGGAGGAAAUAAGCCUGUUGAAUUUGGCGCUGUUUGAUAUUUCAGAAAUUGCAUGGGGAAUUCUAAAGCUAAUCGACCUUCUUACAAUCCCACUGAAAAUUUUAAUAAUAGGAUGUUGGCUUUAUUACCAAGUAGGAGCAACAGCAAUAAAAGCAGUGUGUUUUAUAAUCAUCUCGAGCGUGUUGAUGGUCCUCUCAGAGUGGGAGUCGGCAAAAUUGGUAAAGGGAUAUGUAACAAGAAUAGAUUAUAGAAUCUCAAAAACCCUAAUCAUUCUAGAAAAUCUGACAAAUUUCAAAAUGUUCAGAUGGUUAAACCUAUGUAAGGAAUCAGUACUAAUGAGUAGGAUCAUAGAACUACAACUAUGCCUGAAAAGAACAAUACUCAGUUCAAUAGGCUCAUGGUUAGGAAUAAGUUUACCAAACAUUCUAGGACUGGCAGUAUUUUUGAUAUAUUCAACCAGCAGAGAAAGAGUAGCGAAUUUAGACCCAGCAUUCACAAUACCACUGCUUCACACCCUCAACCACUUUAUUAAGCCCUUUAAGGACCUGCCAUCAGAUCUGAGUGAUCAUCUGGAAACAACAAUAUCGUGUGUCCGUAUAGAGACUUUUUUGUUUUCAAAGCAGUUAAAGUCGUAUAUUGACACCAAUUUCACAGGUUCUGGAACAAGUCCUAACUCUACAUCACCAACCCCUUCAUUUGAAAGCACGCCGAAAAAGUCACCGGACCUGACAACAAUGGUCAAAACAAUAUACGAAGAAGAAGUGGAGACAGGAAGAAGCACAAUAAUAGAUGAAAGUGAUAAUAUCUUUGAAAAUGGAGACUUUUUUACAGACGAUAAGGAAAAUUUCCAAAUUACCAAACAGGAAGAGGAACAUACAGAAGAAGAAAAAUAUGUGAUUUACAUGAAAAAUGCAACCUUUUGCAGAGCAGAAAAGAAGAUAUUCACCGGAAUCAGUUUCAAGCUACGCCAAAGAGACAAAGUGGUGAUCUCAGGGUCGAACAUUACAGAAAAAUUUUUAUUCGGGAUGUGCCUAAUAGACGAAUUACAACAUACUGAAGGGAUAUACUUUAAUCAUUACAUUAAUAAGAAUAUGUGUACGGGAAUAGUGAGUCAGAGCCCAUGGAUACCGAUGGGAACAAUCAGAGAAAUAAUAUUGUUUGGAAACCAGUAUAACAGAAAGCUUUAUGAAAAAAUCAUCGAAAUCUGCCAACUCAGCCACGAUUUCGCUAACUGGAAGAUGAAUGAUAUGAGAUUCAUAGACGAAGGAGGACAAAAUCUGUCAACAGGACAGAAAGUUAGAAUAUCAUUAGCAAGAACAUUGUACACGCUUUAUGCAAAUAAUUUAGAACUGGAUAAUUUCAAAACUAUGAGUAGUAAUGGAGCAGUAGGCAUGAACAACAAUGGAGGAAAAAGAAAUAAAUCGGGGAAUUUGGUGAUAUUGGACGAGAUCUUUACAGUCCUGGACCCACAAAUAGCAACGAAAAUAUUCAAUAACCUGUUUGGAAAGGAAGGGAUAUUAAAUGAUUUCACAUGUAUCAUAACAAUACAAGAUAGUUUUUUGCCAAUAUUAAAGGACACAAAGUAUAACAAUUAUUUUAAAUUCUACAGUUUGACAACAGAACAUAUUCAGCCAAUUUCAAUCUAUUCUCACGAAGAGAUUUUAGAGGUUGAAAAUAAUGAAGAGGACGAAUUAGAUGAAAACAACUUACCGCUAGAGAGAGAUUAUUCAAGAAAAAGUUCUAAAGAGCAUAAAUCGAGUGAAUUUGAAGAAGAAUCCCAGGAACCAGAGACUAGAAGUGAAACAGAACCAGAAGUUAGUGAAGUGGAAAAAAAGAAAGAUGAGGAAUUGGAUGAAAGAGAAAAGCUUUUUGGAUCAAACGAACUAUUUACAGACGGAAACAAAAAUAUAUGCCUAGUGAAGCUGGAAAAUUUCAUAUGGUACCUCAAGAAGGUGGGUCUGAGACUAGUCAUACUUGUGGUCUCAGUCUCAUUUACAGCAAUGAUGUUAAACGUAGGAAGCGAUAUUGUAGUAUCAAAAUGGUCACCACCAAAAUCUAAAACUGAAGCAAUGAGUGGGAAAAUAAGUCAAUUAAUAACGAUGAAAAGGAGUAGUUAUUUGAUGAAGCUUAAUUAUUUGUACAUAUUCACGUUUUUGACAUCUUGUACAAUUGUCCUUUUCCUAUGGAGGUCACUGUUGGAAGUUCAAGGAACACUUAGCGCAGCACACAAGGUCUACUCAAGCGCACUCAACGGAAUAUUGAAGUGUCCAAUCGUAAUAUUCAACAAGAUACCAAUAGGAAACAUAAACAACAGGCUUAGUGCAGACCAAAGUUAUGUGGAUUACAGCGUGUUUAGAAGGUUUUCACACUUCAUGUCAUCAUUCAUAUAUACAUUUCUGACUGCUGCAUCACUUUGCUACUUGAACCCAUGGUCAGUGCUCCUUAUACCGCUGUUGAUACUGUUAUCAUAUUUCUGCGUGUUCAAAAUGUACAUACCAAUGUCGAUAUUCAAUAUGAGAAGCAGUUUGGAAACCAGAGGAUAUAUCUGCAGCCAGUUCUCGCAGGUGAUAUCCGGCUCCUAUGUUAUAAAGUGCCUCAAUAACGAAAAUUACAUCAUGAACAACUUUCUAAAGUACCUGAAAAUACACCAAAACACAAAGUUCUUUUGCCACGCCUCAUCCAGUUGGACCAUGAUAAGGCUCAAAAUACUGACCUACCCACUAAUUGUAAUAAACUUGCUAAAACCGCUCAUUCCGCUGAUAGGGGACUCUAAAUUUAACUCUACAGACAUCCAAAAAAUAGCAGAAGUACAAAGUGAUAGUGAUGUGGUUGGUGAAAGUAAGAAAAAUGGGAUGGUCGAUGGGAACAUCGGACUGGCACUAACAUAUUCAUAUAAGUUUGCGAAGCUAUUGAAGUCGACGCUAAAUAAAAUAGUUGAACUAGAAACUGAAAUGUGCGCAUCACAACGUUUACAAGAACUAGCAAAAUUGGACCCGGAUUAUGAUAUAGCGGAAGAAAAGGUAUUCGUUUUCAAGAGAAGGAGUAAAGUGAAUAAAACCUUAGUUAGGAAUAAGAUUAACAACAUUAACAAGAGAGUAUCAAUCUCGCCAGAGUGUCUCUCACCCUCAAAUCAGAGACUAACAUCUCUUGAUCAAAUUGAAGAUACGAUGUCCGAGGGAUUAUCAGUUAGUAAUGUGGUUGUUAAGUACGAAAGCAAAAUUUGCUUAAACCAAAUCAACUUUAAAACUGGAAAAAACGAACAUGUAGGAUUAAUCGGAAGAACAGGAGCUGGCAAGAGCACUUUAUUACAAAGUCUAGCAGGACUAAUCAAGUUGGACUCAGGAUGUAUAAGAAUUGACGGGGUUGACAUAUCGAAGUUAUCAAACGAACAGAUGAAGGACCUGGUUGGAAUUUUGCCUCACAUACCUCCGCUACUACCAGGGUGGACGGUUAGAAGGUACAUUGACUCAGAAAACAAGUACGCAGACGAGGAAAUUUACCAGGCAGUCCAGACGUGCAACUUUUCGAAGUUUAUCGGAUACCUAUUGAGGUGUGAUUUUGAAAGCAAGAACAAGAAGGAUGGAGAUAAUACAAAGCCGUUUGAUGAGCAAAGCGAAUUUGGAGAUUAUGCAGAAAGUGAAGUCAACGACGAGUUGAUCAUUGGAGGAGAUACCUUUGAGAAUUUAAAACAGGCAUUGGAUAUUAGAAUUGCCAAGCAAAAGGAAAAUAAAUGCAUUACAGUCUCAGAUAUUGAUCUUCAGUAUCUGACCUUACUGAAGCUUUACCUUAACAGGCACAAGUUAAGGCUCAUUUUAAUUGACGAAUGUUACACGGUAGAGCAGAACAAUAAGCACAAGCUGGAACAAAUAACGGUUAUCAUUAAUAGGCUAUUUAAGGAGAACGUUGUCAUAAUAGUGGCUCACCAACACGAAUCUCUCAGCCUAUGUAACCGAGUGCUACUAUUGGAAGGUGGGAAGAUUGGAGAAAUCCAACCAGAAAAUUAA